GCAAAUCAGCUGAUCCACUCAGUUUUGGUCUCACUCUGUUACGAACGAACGACGCGAGUUCUCCGAUAAGAAGAAAUAAUUCUUUCCCAUACCACAAACUGUAGUAUUCUACUUCGUCUUCUACAGAACGCUAAUAUGUGAUUGAUAUUCGGCGAUCAGUUAUUAUUCAGUUUAUAAAUUCAGUUAUACUUCCAAGUUAUUCAUUCAAGAUUAUAAUCGUGUUAUCUAAAUGUGUGAAAGUGUUUUCCAAUUGUGAUUACAAGCUACAAGGUUUGUUUAGUAGAAUGUAGAACAAACUCCAUUAUAAAAAUCAAGGAAAAUGUAGAGGAACUGUAUCCUGAAUACAUUGAAACAUAGUAAAAUAAAGAUAAAGAAAGCUUAGUAUUAAAAUAUACUAUGAAAACAGUGUUUCAACUUGUGAAUACGUCGUAUCCUCUGUGGAUUGAUUACAAACACAUCUAGAAUUUUUCUUCAAACGAUCCGUUUGAUACAAAGUGAUUACUAAUGUGAUACGAAGUCUCUUACUCAGUGCAACGUGUAUCAAAUGUGAUACAAAGUCUCCGAUCCCUAGCAACGCGUAUCAAAAAUGUGAUAUGAAGUCUCUCAUCUGUGCAACGCGUAUCAAAUGUGAUACGAAGUCUCUGAUCCGGUGCAACGCGUUUCAAAUUUAAUACGUGGUCUCUUAUCCGGUGCAACGCGUAUCAAAUUUGAUACGAAGUCUCUGAUCCGGUGCAACGCUUAUCAAAUGUGAUAAGAACACACGAACAAACGGAUAAGUGAUACGAAGUCUCUUAUCUGGUGCAUCGCGUAUCAAAUGCCGAGUAAUGUCAAGACUAAUCAUGAUGAGUGUGAACGUCUGGGAAUGAAACCAUGUUGAUAAUUCCAUCAAUAUCCAUCACUCUGAUUUUGGCAUCCAUACUAGCCUCAUCUACAGCUUUAUCAGCGGCAUUGAACUCAAACAAUGGCUUGCGUUGGGGCUGGAAUCAUCAGCAGCCAAUCAGAGGAAAGGAGACUGACCCCCCCUGGGAGCAGCCCCCACCCCCUGAACUUCCCUCCACACCGGGCCCCAUGUUCCAGGUGACGUCAGCAAGUAUUGUUGCUCGUCCAGGGGAUGACGUCAUACUGCCAUGUCGUGUUAUCAAUCUCGGAGAUAAAGUAGUGUCGUGGAUGAGAAGCAAAGAUCUGCACAUCCUGACGUCGCACGUGUUCGUGUUCACGAGUGACGGCAGGUUCGCCGUGUCCCACCCGGAGGGGGACUCCGCCUCGUGGGGCCUGCGUCUGCGAGGGGCACGCCCCGCCGAUCAGGGGCUCUACGAGUGCCAGGUGAACACCGAGCCCAAGAUGAAGCAGGCAGUGAUGCUCACUGUCAACGAAAUGGAGUUGAGUGAUUCACCGCACCAUCUCUCUGCCGCUGAGCAGCUCUUCAACAAAAGUAAGUACAGUAAAAGAAUAAUUAUAUAGGCUAGUU